AUGGCAAACUUCAUGGAUGUGAUGACGAGACGCACUGUGGCGAUUGACGAGCAGUUAAACCAGAUUACCUUUCGGCAGAUCCAACAGAAUCGUGAAAAGAUGAGGUCUAUUAUUAAGACCGUAGUGUUUUGUGGUCAGAAUGCAGUGGCUUUACGUGGUGCAAGAGAUGACAAUCCUGACGACGAAACUCUUCAGGGCAAUUUCCAAGCUUUGUUGGCUUUUCGUGUUGAUAGUGGAGACAAGACGCUGCAAGAACACUUUGAGAAUGCCCCUCGAAAUGCUACCUACCGUUCAAAAACAAUCCAGAACGAGAUUAUUAACACUGUUGGCAGUUACAUUACUUCAAAAAUAUCUGCAGAAAUUAAAGAAAGCAAGCUGUUUUCAGUGUUGGCAGACGAGGCAGCUGAUAUAUCCAACAAAGAGCAGCUUUCCUUAGUCCUACGAUUUGUCGAUUCAAGUCAGCAGAUUCGAGAGGAGUUUGUUGGUUUCUACCAUUGUGAAGAUGGAACCAGUGGAGUGGCAUUGAAGGAGAUGAUUUUGAAGGCUGUAGCUGACCUUGGUUUACCAAUGGCUAACUGCAGAGGUUAA